AUGAAGUUCACCCUCACUGCUCUGGCUGCCAUGAUUGCUGCCACCGUCGUCCAUGCUGCCGCUAUUCCUGGCGAUGGCGAUUGGUGUGGGUUGCCUGGACAGCAUUGCGGGCAGAUGAAGCGUGCUGUCUCUGGCGCCUCUGAGGUCAAGCGCUCUGCUGAUGCCCUUGCCGAGGCCAUUAAAGAGAUGCCGAAACUUCAUAUCCCGGGCUGGUGUGCUCUCCCUGGCCAGAUCUGCAGCAAGUUCAAGCGCGCUGUCGAGGCUGCUGACGAUGUCAAGCGCUCUGCCGACGCCCUCGCGGAGGCUGCGGCCGCUCUUGAAUCUCACUAG